AUGACAGGCGACUACGCCUGUGGACGGUGCAUACAAGCGCUCAGCCAUGGAAUUCGAGCUCAGGGGCAUCCAGCCUGGUCGCGAGUUUUGUCGAAACGGAGAUCCAAUUUUUCUGCCAUUUACAACUCGAGCCCACGGCACAACAGUCGCCUGUUGUUGAAGAAUGCUCAAAGUUCAAUUCAACGGCUGUCUUUCUCCUCUACCGCGAAUGUGUCGCAUAAAGCUCGAUCAUUCUCCCAGAGCACGGUAUCUGGACAACAGGCCCAGCCAGACGAGUCACGCGUGUUGCUGAAGCGUGACAACCUGUUCCAUCCGUUCUCCAAAUCGCCGUCCCCCGCGAUCCGCAAGAGGGCUGCCUUCAUUCAACAAAAUGCGUUCUGCCCGCAUCCGAGCCAUCAGCAGACGCGUCUACCGGCAAAUCACGACCCGGAGUCAACCCAGAGCCAGCAGACGCCUACCAACCCACCGGCCCAUGCUCAUUUCGAAUGCCCCGACUGCGGAGUCCCCCUAUACUGCUCCGAGGAGCAUUGGGUCGAUGAUUUCGAAAGACAUCUAGAGGUCUGUGAGACCAUCAGGCAGAUCAACGAAGACGACCACGAUUUGCAUUCUGGUCGGUUCUUCCCUGAAUUCACCUAUCCGGGUCCCCAGGACGACAAUUUUGUCAUCAACAUGACAAACUGGGACACAUUCCUGUAUACCAGAGAAUUCGAGGCCAUCAAUGACGAUCGCAGCAUGAGACAGGUCACUCGCAUGCUCACCUACCCUCUCACCAUUGGUAGUGUGUUGCAUGAAUUGAGCCCUUACAGCCUUCGCAAGGACAGAUUGACUGUUGAAGGCCUGAAGAGCAUCAGCGCUCUCCGGUAUACACUUCACCCACCCAAGACAGGCGAAGGAGUCGACAUCAAAGGCUUGCGUCUGAAGGCCCCUCCCGUGCGCAUCUUUGUUCUCGGGGCUCGCGCAGAGUCAUCUCUGCCGCGCGAUGUCUGGCUUCAGCUAACCCAUAUGUUCCCCCGUGCUAUUUUCAACAUUAUCUUCAUUGGCCCGGAAAGCAUGGCCAACCGAGACAGCGAGUUCCCGCUCCCCGAACGGACACCUGGAAAUCCCUUUGGCGGUAUUGUCGAAGACCGCCUAGGCCCGUCGAUGAAGAUCACAACUUACGUGGAUUAUUUCCAUACGAUGUACAAGGCCCAGUACUUCCAGCCCUUUGACCCAUACUUCGACUGCUUCAUGCUGUUCCAUCCGGGUCUUGGCCACCCAGCAAGCUCCCAUGAAUGGGAAGAAACGCUUCCCCAACUUCUGGAGACGAAAGUGCCGAUUCUGUGCACAGGAUACACGCAGUGGGACAUGGAGAGAGACAUCAAAUGGGUCAACGAGAAGUGUGCCGGAGAAUUCGACAUGCUGCUCGAGCCGGGAGAGAACAUCUUCAGGAGCUUGAGGUGGGAUCUGAACGAUCUCGAUCCGCAGGAUGUCUCGUGUGGAAACUGGGGUCUCUGGGGCUUUAGAGGAAAGAGAUAUGAGGCCCUGCCUACGGAUUCCUGA